AUGGCAGCAGUAGUCGUCAAUGAGUAUGGACAACCAGUUUCCAGGAACUGCACGACAGCUGGUCACCGGAAGGGCUCAUUGGUUCGUACACAUGUGCCUGUUUCAUACAAAAACUGGAAGCUUGUGCCUCAGAAGCAUAAGGAUGAUGUUUGGAAUACCCUUAAGGACGAAUUUAAUAUCCCUGAAACAUCAAAGGAUAUUGUUCAGAAGUCCAUGGCUGGUCCAUGGAGGAGAUUUAAAACUGAGUUACGUACCGAUCAUUAUGAUUUGUACCCUACUCAUGAAGAAAGGAUUCUACAUGUUCCACCAACUGUAAGAGAAGAGGAUUGGAUAAAAUUUUGUGAGAAUGAAAAAGAAGAAAAGGCAGCGCAAAGUAGAAUUGACCAUAAGCGGAAAAGACAACAAUAUGGCUACACACAUUGUUCCGGUCACAAACCUCAUUAUUUGGUCAGAGCUGAAUUGGAGGCCGAGAAUCCUGGUGUAGAGAUCAGUCCUGAGGAUGUGUGGCUUAAAGAUCAUACACAAGAGAGUGGUUCAAUCUUACCUAGCGCCCAGCCAUAUGAUGAUAAGCUGAAGAAGGCGCAAGAAGAGAUAAAAGAAAAACUGGAUGCAGGUCUUCCAGUAGAGGAACUUUGUGCACUUGCUGCGGCUUUUGGAAAGGAUACUAGAGGACGGGCUCGUUCUCUUGGACUUGUAUCUCGUACACAAGUCCAACUUUCUGCUCCUGCGCGUCACAAGUCAAUGAGUUGA